GCACAUGGCCCUGGGACAUCAUCCUUUGCCUUUGUUUUCGCUGUGUCUCCAGCCAGCUCCAAGAGCUGCCCAGGUGCCCAGCGUUUGGGUUCGGUUCACAGUGGAAUCUCAGACGCUUUUCCUAGUGUCUUGCACACAGUAGGCACUCACCUCACGCUGUUGAUGGGACUAAGGAAGGCGGGAUUGCCAGGAAAGCAGUGGAGGUAACCCAGGUGGAAAGGUUAGGGACUGCCAGGCUCCUCCUCGCCCAAGCCUCCAGCCCGCCCCCAAGCUCGGCAGCCUGCCAGGCCGGGCAGGCAGGAGUUAAGCGACGCGCACGCUUGCUACCCGCAGGUGGCGCCGUCCCGCCUCGGUGCUGGACUCCGGGCGCUCUGAAGUGCGGGACAGAAUCGCAGUGAACGCGGAGCCGAAGCUCAGCCCCGACUUGUUGAUCUCGCCCAAGCAGCCGCUGCCUCCGCCACCGCCGCCGGAGCCGGAGGAGGAGGUGGAGCAGGAGUCGCCUCCCGAACGCGGUCCUGCCACCCGCGCCCGCAACGUCCGCCUGCGCCCCCAGCCUCGGAGAGCGCGUCCGGCUUCGCAGCGCCUGCAGCCCCGGCUUGGCGUUUGCCCGGCCGGCCGGCGUAGGCCGGGCCCGGCCGGGCCCCGGGUCCGCCGCUGCCCGCGGGCCGGGGUGCUCCGGCGGCCGGGGCGAUGCGCGGUCCCUGGCCCCGGGAGGCGGCCGCCCUGAGGCCGUCGGGAUGGAGGUGAGAAGACGGCCAUAACGCGCGCCCGCGUGGCCCCCUGCACCCCCGACAGCCCACAGCGCUCCCUGCCCCCCUCCCCCACGGCGGCCGGCCUUGCCGUCCAGUGACUGCGGCCUGGGGGGGCAGGGGGGGAGGGGGCGGCCGGACCAGAGAUGCCGGCGGGCAUGACGAAGCAUGGCUCCCGCUCCACCAGCUCGCUGCCGCCGGAGCCCAUGGAGAUCGUGCGCAGCAAGGCGUGCUCCAGGCGCGUCCGCCUCAACGUUGGGGGCCUGGCGCACGAGGUACUCUGGCGCACCCUGGACCGCCUGCCCCGCACGCGGCUGGGCAAGCUCCGUGACUGCAACACGCACGACUCGCUGCUCGAAGUGUGCGACGACUACAGCCUCGACGACAACGAGUACUUCUUCGACCGCCACCCGGGCGCCUUCACCUCCAUCCUCAACUUCUACCGCACCGGGCGGCUGCACAUGAUGGAGGAGAUGUGCGCGCUCAGCUUCAGCCAAGAGCUGGACUACUGGGGCAUCGACGAAAUCUACCUGGAGUCCUGCUGCCAGGCGCGCUACCACCAGAAAAAGGAGCAGAUGAACGAGGAGCUCAAGCGUGAGGCCGAGACCCUGCGCGAGCGGGAGGGCGAGGAGUUUGACAACACGUGCUGCGCGGAGAAGAGGAAAAAGCUCUGGGACCUCCUGGAGAAGCCCAAUUCCUCUGUGGCUGCCAAGAUCCUCGCCAUCAUUUCCAUCAUGUUCAUCGUCCUCUCCACCAUCGCCCUGUCACUCAACACGCUGCCCGAGCUCCAGAGCCUUGACGAGUUCGGCCAGACCACGGACAACCCCCAGCUGGCCCACGUGGAGGCCGUGUGCAUUGCGUGGUUCACCAUGGAGUACCUGCUGCGGUUCCUGUCCUCACCCAAGAAGUGGAAGUUCUUCAAGGGCCCGCUCAAUGCCAUCGACUUGCUGGCCAUCCUGCCGUACUACGUCACCAUCUUCCUCACCGAGUCCAACAAGAGCGUGCUGCAGUUCCAGAACGUGCGCCGCGUGGUCCAGAUCUUCCGCAUCAUGCGCAUCCUCCGCAUCCUGAAGCUCGCACGCCACUCCACUGGCCUCCAGUCCCUGGGCUUCACCCUGCGGCGGAGCUACAAUGAGUUGGGCUUGCUCAUCCUCUUCCUCGCCAUGGGCAUCAUGAUCUUCUCCAGCCUUGUCUUCUUUGCGGAGAAGGAUGAAGAGGACACCAAGUUCAAAAGCAUCCCAGCCUCUUUCUGGUGGGCUACCAUUACCAUGACCACUGUUGGGUAUGGAGACAUCUACCCCAAGACUCUGCUGGGGAAAAUCGUGGGGGGGCUCUGCUGCAUUGCGGGGGUCCUGGUGAUUGCUCUUCCCAUCCCCAUCAUUGUCAACAACUUCUCUGAGUUCUACAAGGAGCAGAAGAGGCAGGAGAAAGCAAUCAAGCGGAGAGAGGCUCUGGAGAGAGCCAAGAGGAACGGCAGCAUUGUGUCCAUGAACAUGAAAGAUGCUUUCGCCCGGAGCAUCGAGAUGAUGGACAUCGUGGUGGAGAAAAAUGGAGAGAAUAUGGGUAAGAAGGAAAAAGUACAAGAUAACCACUUGUCCCCCAACAAAUGGAAAUGGACAAAGAGGACACUCUCCGAAACCAGCUCGAGUAAGUCCUUUGAAACCAAGGAGCAGGGGUCCCCUGAAAAGGCCAGGUCAUCUUCCAGCCCUCAGCAUCUGAACGUCCAGCAGUUGGAAGACAUGUACAAUAAGAUGGCCAAGGCCCAGAGCCAGCCCAUCCUCAAUACCAAGGAGCUGGCAACCCAGAGCAAACCAAAGGAAGAACUUGAGAUGGAGAGUAUCCCCAGCCCCGUGGCCCCUCUGCCCACCCGUACGGAAGGGGUCAUAGACAUGAGAAGCAUGUCGAGCAUCGAUAGCUUCAUUAGCUGUGCCACAGACUUUCCUGAAGCCACCAGGUUCUCCCACAGCCCUCUGGCGUCGCUCCCCAGCAAGACCGGGGGCAGCAUGGCCCCAGAGACGGGCUGGCGGGGAGCGCUGGGCACCAGUGGUGGUAGGUUUGUUGAGGCCAACCCCACCCCCGAGGCCAGCCAUCACUCUGCUUUCCUCAUCGAGAGCCCCAAGAGUUCCAUGAAGACCAACAACCCCCUGAAGCUCCGAGCACUUAAAGUCAACUUCCUGGAGGGCGAAUCCGGUCCGUUACUCCCCGUUCUGGGGAUGUACCACGACCCUCUCAGGAACCGGGGCGGUGCUGCAGCUGCUGUCGCUGGACUGGAGUGUGCCACACUCUUGGACACAUCUGUGCUGAGCCCGGAGUCCUCCGUCUACACCACAGCCAGUGCUAGGACACCCCCCCGGUCCCCCGAGAAACCCGCAGCAAUAGCAUUCAACUUCGAAGCAGGUGUCCACCAGUACAUCGAUGCAGACACAGAUGACGAGGGACAGGUACUGUACAGUGUGGACUCCAGCCCUCCCAAAAGCCUGCACGGGAGCACCAGUCCCAAGUUCGGUGUCGGGGCAAGAUCAGAAAAGAACCACUUUGAAAGUUCCCCCUUAGCCACCUCCCCGAAGUUCUUGAGGCAGAACUGUAUUUACUCUGCGGAAACAUUGACUGGAAAAGCCCCCGCUGGUCAGGAGAAGUGCAGGCUUGAGAACCACAUCUCCCCCGAGGUCCGGGUGUUGCCGGGGGGAGGGGCCCAUGGGAGCACGCGGGAUCCGACCAUCUGAACCACCCCACCCGGAGGACAGACUUGUGGCCAGGUCCAACGAGGCGCACCGCUCAGCUCACCUGCCACAGGGCCUUUCUGCACGAACUCUGAAACGGAAAGGCUCUGCAAAGCCCCCAGAAAGGAGAAAGACUCUAGAGAAAGCUCCCUAAGACCUUGAGAGCCACGGUCGGUCCACCGGAACGCCGCUGGCCAAGCCAUAGGACCUGGCGCCUCCUUGGGACACCCCCACUGCCCUCUCUGGGAGGCGACACGAGCAGGGCUCUCAGCCACCACUACCACAUUGUAGCCGUAACCAAGGCCGCCUGCUCCCCGUCCUUCUCUCACGGCCCUCCAUCACCGCUGCCGAAGGCAACCUCUCCGAUCCCUCCUGGCCUCGGCUGGAGAAGGGUACUGGAACGCGUGGCUGGUAUUGAAAAAGUGGGUUGACCCGUUUGCUCUGGGUGUUGCCUGGCCACCUCUGGGAACUCCUGUCCAUCACCUCCUGGAUGGAUCCCACUGUCGGAAGGCUCCGGGGGAAGGCUUGUGUCAUGGAGAAAUUCCUGCACUGUAAGCCACGAUCCCAGUGCAAAACCCUUACUCAAACGGCUUCAUGGACUUCACUGUUUCGUAGUACCUGAGAUUUUAUUUUGAGAUAUCAUCGGGGUGAGUUGUACCACUUGUACUCAAUUCUCAUUGCCCCCUGGCCAUCUGGGAAGGGUUCAGAAGGCGGGCACUCAGCCAACAGUGCGAAUGCUGAGCAUCGCUUUAGGGUUAUUGAGUGAAUACAUUUCCUGUGCAUCACUGGUGUAGACUCAAAAGAUAUGCAAGUGUCAAAUAUGCAAAAGAAAUAGCUUAUUCAAAAAGACUGUAUGUUCCUGAAGAACAGAAUAAGAUCUGACUUUUUUUACCUACCAAAACGAAAGG